AUGGACCGGUUUUUUAACGGUAAAGAUCGCGACGCUGAACGCGAGAGACUCGAGCGUGACCGUGAAGCCGAUCGGAAGUUCAAGGAGACAAUGUCCGAGGCGGCCACGGCGAUUCCGAAGGCCUUGGCAGAUCUAGGGGAUGCCAUCCGCCAAGGUUCAGAUCAGAAUGGCAGGAACUCGAAGAGGCACGGGGGGGAGUAG